AUGUCUACGACCACUGCCUGCGAAGAACCCGUUCUUCGCGACAUCCGAAAGUCCUUGGAGCUUCUCGACCUGAAGUCAUGCGUUUUAUCGGGUCUAUCGCAGCCGCGCAAGGCGAUUCCGUCGCUUCUCCUCUGGGACGAGCAGGGGCUCAAGAACUUCAAUGAGUGGACGAAAUGCCCUCACUACUAUCCCAUGUCAAAGGAGAUGGAGAUUCUCGAGAUGCACAAAGACAGUAUGGCUGGUGCUCUACCUGAUAGCUCUGCGUUGGUCGAGCUAGGAUGUGGAAACGUUCACAAGACCUCUAUCAUACUCUCCGCCCUUGCUAAACAAGGCAAGGAGGUCCAGUACUAUGCCCUGGACGUCUCGGAGACAGCGCUGCGCACCGGCCUGCAGGCUCUGCAAGCAGGAUUCGGGCACUUCCCGAGCAUCAGCAUCUCCGGUCUGCUCGGCACAUAUGACGACUGCGUAGACUGGAUCGCCAACAACACCGCUAGUUUUACCACACGCUCAGUCACCUUUCUCUGGGUUGGCAAUAGUGUAGCAAAUCUUUCCAAGACUGAAGCAAGCGACCUAACGGGCCACUUCCGUCGGGCCUGCGCCGUUGCAGGAAUGCACUGUCACUUUUUAGUUUCGGCGGACGCCUGCGCCGAAGAGAACAAGCUGCUCAAAGCAUACAACCCUGACGGGGGGCUAUCGUCCCUCUUUCUCCGCUAUGGCCUACUUCAUGUGAACAAGCUGCUCCGGGCGGACCUGUUCAACGACGUGGUCUGGAACUGCCUCCUCGAGUACGAUCGGGAGGAGAACGAGAUCCUGACUUUCUAUUCCCCUGAAUCCGAUGUCACAAUAUCGAGCGGCGCAAAGUCAGUGACGGUACAUCACGGGGAAAAGAUAUUUUUCUUCCGUAGUGGCAAAUGGAAUGGAGACCAAAUGAGAAGUAUUGCACAACAGGGCGGCUUCCAAGUUUCGCAGGUAUGGGGAGACGCAAAACAGGAGUAUGGUAAGCUGAGCCCAAAGGUAAAUUUCCAGGGUGGAUGA